AUGAUCUCCUUUUCAGAUAGUACCUUCCAGUCCGUCCUCUGCUGCUGCUGCUGCUGCUCAGUGCAGAAGAGACAAGUGAGAACACAGAUAAGCCUGAGCAAAAAUGAAGAACUUUCAGAAAAAUAUUCCCAUCACCAGAGGCCAUGGUUCUCCAAGCUCACGAGCAAAAAUCAAUCGAACAGAGUCAGGGUGCAACCUUCAAAAUGCAAGCCCCUGCCUCCGCUCCCGGUCUCAGAGCUUGCUGAGGAGAGGAUCCAGGUCAAGGCUCUUUAUGAUUUCCUGCCCCGAGAGCCCUGUGAUUUGGCACUGAAGAGAGCAGAGGAAUAUCUGAUAGUGGAGAGAUGUGAUCCUCAUUGGUGGAAAGCCAGAGACCGUCUGGGGAAUGAAGGCUUAAUCCCAAGCAACUAUGUGACAGAGAACAGACUCACCAACUUAGAAAUAUACGAAUGGUACCAUAAGAACAUUACUAGAAACCAAACAGAACGCCUGUUGAAGCAAGAGGCUAAAGAAGGUGCGUUUAUUGUGAGAGAUUCAAGACAUUUGGGGUCCUACACAAUUUCUUUGUUUACAAGAGCUGGAAGACGUACACAGUCUCCAAUAAAACAUUAUCAGAUUAAAAGGAAUGACUCAGGGCAGUGGUACGUCACCGAAAGACACCUAUUUCCGUCAGUUCCCGAGUUGAUCCAGUAUCACCAGUACAAUGCAGCUGGGCUCGUGUCCCGUCUCCGCUAUCCAGUUGGACUCCUGGGCAACUGUCUCCCCGCCACAGCUGGUUUUAGCUAUGAAAAGUGGGAGAUAGAUCCUUCUGAAUUGACUUUUGUCAAGGAGAUUGGAAGCGGCCAGUUUGGGGUUGUCCACUUAGGAGAGUGGAGAGCACAUAUCCGGGUUGCCGUCAAGGCCAUCAAUGAAGGUUCCAUGUCUGAAGAAGAUUUCAUUGAGGAGGCCAAGGUGAUGAUGAAACUGUCACAUUCGAGGCUCGUUCAGCUGUACGGGGUGUGUAUACAGCAGAAGCCCCUCUUCAUAGUGACGGAGUUCAUGGAGCAUGGCUGCCUGCUUACCUAUCUCAGGGAGAGAAAAGGCAAGCUCCGGAAGGCCUUCCUGCUGAGCGUGUGCCAGGAUGUGUGUGAGGGCAUGGCAUACCUGGAGAGGAACUGCUAUAUUCACAGAGAUCUGGCAGCAAGGAACUGUUUAGUCAGCUCUGCCUGUGUAGUGAAGAUCUCAGACUUCGGGAUGACGAGGUAUGUUUUGGAUGACGAAUACAUCAGUUCUUCUGGAGCCAAGUUCCCAGUCAAGUGGUCCCCGCCUGAAGUUUUUCACUUUAACAAGUACAGUAGCAAGUCUGACGUCUGGUCAUUUGGAGUUUUAAUGUGGGAAGUUUUUACAGAAGGAAAAAUGCCUUUUGAAAAUAAGUCAAAUUUGCAAGUGGUGGAAGCCAUUUCUAAAGGUUUCCGGCUGUACCGCCCUCACCUGGCCCCCAUGUGCAUCUAUGGAGUUAUGUACAGCUGCUGGCAUGAGAACCCUAAAGGCCGCCCAACAUUUGCCGAACUGGUUCAGGUUCUCACAGAGACUGCGGAAACCUGGUGACCAGAAAUGGAAUGCCAGUCCACAGGCUCAUCUUGCAAAACACUGUCACAAGGUGAAAUCAGGGGUAUCGCUGAUGGGGAGUGUCCUCCAUUAGGGUUGUUGACUCUUGGCAAUACAGCAAAGGUCACAGGCUUUCCACACUGAUUUCAAGGCAAAAUAUUCUGAUAGUUUUUCUCCAUGUGCGAGAGGGACUUCUGAACUACACUUCUAUGUUUCACAUCUUAUAUGUGAACGGAGGGGACUCCACCUCUGUCCUCCAAGUGGCUUCUUCAUGAUUGGCGCCCACAGAACCCUAAAGUGUAUGUGGAACCCUGAUUCUUCAUAAGAAGCUGAGGCAACUUCUUUCCUGAGGACUGAAAUUCCUCUCUGGUGUGGUCCAUUCGGAGAGGAAACAACAGCAACCACCAGAUUCUGCCAAUUCAUGGAAUAAAGAAGCCUCCCUGACAGAGUUUCAUGUUUGGGGCUGUACAAAUGUUUAUGAAAAACAUGCCUUUGGAAACCUAUGUGAACAUUCUGGCAAUGCCUUUUA